AAUGCAAAAUCAGAAGCGACACCAACAAGUAGAGCAAAUUGAAAUAAUUGAGAGAACUGUGGAAGAGGGCAGUCGUCCAAUUACUUCACCUGAAGCUUUUACACCUGUUUCCUUUGUGAAAAAAUCUACAGAAAACUUUGUAUCUACUGACUUCAGUGAGGAUAUAAAAAGAAGAUUUAAUUUGCCAUGCGAAAAAGAUGUUGAACGCGAUGCUUCAGUUUUUUAUAGUCCCUCUAUGGGUCCUCAACCUUCAUUAUUUGUCUCACCUCCAAUUUGCCAAUCAACGCCGGAGAGAUCAAUCUCAAUUAAACAAAUUGGGUAUGAUCUUCACGAAGUGCAGACACAUGGUACGGCACAAAUAAUAAAAACCCAUGGGGCUGGAAAAUUAUCGCACGAAGAGAGUAUGUCAGGAAGGACAGAUUUUGCUGGAGCAGGUUUAAGUCGAUUAAGUAGUCCAGGUAUACUCAAGCAUCCGCGACAUACUUUGGCUGAAAUUGAAGGUAACCCAUGCAGAAGCCCUUCCUCCGACAGGUUUUACAUUAUUACAAAAAUAUUUUAG